AGAGAAACAGGUUUACUGGGAGUGGCUGACUUAUAAGAACACUCGCAUGAGGACAGGAAGGGGAAACACCGAGCGUCUUUCUGCACGUGAACAACAUGAUGCUGCGGACAACAUGGCCUCUCUUUAUGGGCGCACUGAUCGCAAUGCAAGGUGGCUCAAAGGCUCAGGAGUGUGGUGUGGCACCACUGAACACUAGGAUAGUUGGAGGUGAGGAUGCCCUGGCGGGCUGGUGGCCUUGGCAAGUCAGCAUUCACUACACGACCUUUCACGUUUGUGGAGGGACCUUGAUCAGCGAGGACUGGGUGCUCUCAGCGGCUCACUGCAUUUUGAACACUUCGGCUUCACCGUGGACCCUGUACUUUGGAAGACAGAAUCAGAGUGGCCCAAAUCCUAACGAGGUCUCACGCAGCGUGGCCCAGGUCAUCGUUCAUCCCGACUAUGAGAACGGAACCUUUCAAAACGAUAUUGCCCUCUUUAAGCUGAGCAGCCCCGUCACUUACACUAACUACAUCCGACCUGUCUGCAUGGCGAGCAACACCAGUCAGUUCCACAACGCCACCAUGUGCUGGGCCACAGGCUGGGGCAGACUCGGGAGUGAUCAGCCAAAUGUGGCCUUUGAGAGGCUGCAAGAAGUUGAGAUUCCAGUGAUCGGAAACAAGCAAUGCGCCUGCAGCUACAGCCUUGUGCCACAUGACAUCACCAGCAACAUGCUGUGUGCCGGGGAGGAGGGCCGAGGAAUAUGCCAGGGUGAUUCAGGUGGACCUUUGCAAUGCAAACAGGGCUCAAGGUGGAUCCAGGCUGGCAUCACCAGUUUCGGCAUACCUUGCGCCAACAAAGGUUUCCCUGAAGUCUUUGCUCGUGUGUCGUUUUACCAGGAUUGGAUCACGGAGCAAGUGUCAGGGGCAAACAUAAGCUUUUUGAGCCACACUGCCACUGGUACCGACGCGGACAGCAGCUUUGUGUGUGAAUUUCUUGAAGACUCUGCAACCAAAGCAAGUCUUUCGUGCCUUAGCCUCUUACUUCUCCUGCUGUUCAUUCAGGCUCUGUAACUUAUAACAGCAUGUUCUAAUAUAGAAUUACACUACAAAUACAAUCCAUUGCUUUUCUGGACAGAAUUUAGCACUUGAUCAUAUGGCAUAAGCGAGUAAAUCAAAAUUACUGAUUGACUUUUCUGUACUUUGUGAACUUCAGUUAUUCUUCGCUCUAUAUGCUUCACAUACAAUGAUUCCAUCCACAUGUCACAUGCAUGCAAGACAACAGCUGGAUUAUCCAUCCAUCUUCUAUACCGUCGCUGGAUCCUAUCCCAGCUGACUUUGGGCGAGAGGCGGGGUACCUCCUGGGCUGGUUGCCAGCCAAUCACAGGACACAUAUAGACAAACAACCAUUCACACUCACAUUCAUACCUAUGGACAAUUUAGAGUCUCCAAUGAACCUAACAUGCAUGAAACCGGAGUACCCAGGUCUUCCCGAUCUCCAGGCUGUUACUGCGUUGGCCAACAUGCUAACCACUAGACCACCGUGCGGCCCGAUCUCCAGGCUGUUACUGCGUUGGCCAACAUGCUAACCACUAGACCACCGUGCGGCCCAGCUGGGUUAUUAACAUUCAUUGUAACAACUCUGUAAGAAUACUGUGUAAUAACAAGAGAAGGUUUAAGUUGUCAACAGUACACUGCCUCAAAGUUUUGGCCUCAACAGCUCAAAUGGACAGUGAUGUAUUAACUUAUUAACUUGCAUUUUGUGUCCAUGCAGGCAUCAUUAUGACUUGAUUUUGUUUGUUUUGCUUUCUUUUAAUAGUAAAAAAAAUACAUAUCUGUGAUUUUAA